GACUCUCGCGAGUGCCUCGUCAAGUCCACAUGGCAGUAUUCGGAGGCUGCGCAUGACUAUCUCGCAUCCCGCGGUUGGGCGCCGACUCUCCGGCAAUGCAUUCGAAUCUCUGCAGACUGGAUUGCAGUCAUCAUGGACAGAUCGAAAUACCAACCGCUCUAUGGUCUGAGCCUCUCGAAGGCUGACCAGGAAAAGGUACGAUGCAAAGUAAAGAGCAUCGUCCGCAUGCUGCACGAAGGAGGAUUCGUUCAUGGGGACAUUCGGGAUACCAAUCUUCUCAUCGAUCCUGAAUCGCUUGCAUCUGACGACGUGAUGGUUCACCUUAUCGACUUCGAUUGGGCCGGGCGUAUUGGAGAGGCCAAGCACCCGGUUGGAGUCAACAGGAAGACUGUCAAGCGUCCA